CGCCCAUGCAAAAACUGCACGAAAUCAAUAAUCCGAGUUUCUAGCUACAAAUUCAACAUGCUUUUCUGGCUGGCAAAAACCGCUGCCUUUGUAUCGCUAUUCGUAACCACUGUUCAUGGCGAUGCAGCCCUAGAGUCAUGGGUGCCCAACCAUUCAGCGUGGGAAAAGCUGAAUGCGCUGGAUUGCGGGGAAAGCGCUGCCGACCGCAUCAUCGGUGGCACCAACGCUGCACUGGGCCAGUUCCCCUGGAUCGUGCGUCUUGGAUACGUGUUUCCAUACGACACGGAAACAGAUUGGAUGUGCGGUGGAGCUCUUGUAACUGAUCGCCACGUGGUCACAGCUGCCCACUGCAUACCAACCCCCGAUGAUGAAUAUACUCUCAAGUACAUUCGGCUGGGCGAGCACGAUACUCGCACUGAUCCGGACUGCGAGCUUAGCGUGUGCGCGCCGCCAGUGCAGGACCGAGAGAUCAAGAACAUUUCUAAGCAUCCUGACUUCAACCAACCGCCGUUCCAUAACGACAUGGCUAUUAUAGAACUGGAUACCCCCGCGAACUUAAAUGAUUACGUGACCCCAAUAUGUUUGCCCCAGAAAGGGGACCAGCUAAAUGGCGUUCAUGUGGGCGAGCUGGUCUCCGCAGCCGGCUGGGGCAAGAUGAACAUGACCACGGAGGAGAGAGCUGAUGUCUUGCAAGUCGUUGCGCUACCCAUUGUUGAACCAGACAUGUGUGAUUUGUUCGGACAAGAGUUCAAGGUGUCUAAGUCCGAGAUAUGCGCAGGCGCCCAAUACAACAAGGACGCUUGUGGCGGUGAUUCUGGAGGUCCUCUCAUGAAGGUCUUCGAUACAUCAGAUGGACCCAAAAACUUUUUAGUUGGUGUGGUGUCAUUUGGACCAACAGUUUGUGGGAUUAGAAAACCUGGUGUUUACUCUUCAGUGGUGCACUUCCUCAAAUGGAUCUUAGAUAAUAUUGAUUAUAACCCAAUGGCGUUGGACAAAAUAUGGAUAGUUUCGGCCGUCAUUAUUGCUUCGUGGAAAGCCCGUUCACAUGAAACGAUUCCAAAUAAUACCGUGACGCCAUAUUCUAAUUUAACCAGACCAUUUUUGGAGAACGAUGACCAGACUUAUCGCCACAUAUCAGAUGUAUCGGAAACAAAAAAUAAUAAUGUGUAUAAACAGGACAAAGAAAAUCGUGCAUAUGAAGUUAAAAAUACACAUCCAAAUCGAUUAGAUGGAGCUGUUAAGCUUCCUGAUAGAAGCGUCUGUGGACCGUUAUCUGAAGAAGAAAGAAUUUAUGGAGGGGAAAACACGGCUAUAGACGAAUUUCCGUGGCUGGUGCGCAUAAAGUAUAUCCUUGAUAACGGGAAAGAGGUGUACGCGUGUGCUGGGUCACUACUAACGGAUAAUUAUGUGCUGACGGCUGCCCAUUGUGCCGUCAAUCUGACUAUUAAAGAAGUAAGAUUAGGCGAUUGGAAUUUGAAAACCGAGUACGAUUGCCAGGGAAGCGUUUGCAUCGGUCAUGCUGUAGACGUGAAAGUCGUCAAAGUGAUACCAUUUCCCAACUAUACUAAGAUGGACACUUUCAAAGGAGACAUUUCUUUGUUAAAGCUUCAAAGACCAGUGAAUUUUACAGAUUUCAUAAGGCCUAUUUGCUUGCCAACUACAGAAUUUGUCGCAAACCAAGAUUACUCUCCUGGAAGCACUUACUGGACAGCCGGGUGGGGAAAGACAGAAUUUGAGAAGAAACCUGCAAUUAAAAGAAAAGUGGAAUUGAAUGCGGUACCAGUUCCAGAAUGUAGAAGAAAACAACCCAUAUUAUCAGAUGAUACCGUAUCGUUUACAAUAUGUGCAGGAGGAACAGAUGGCAAAGAUACUUGUGUUGGCGACUCUGGGGGAUCUCUAGUCAAACAAGUUACUGAAAACAGUACGACCAACUGGUUUUUAAUGGGCGUUACUAGUUAUGGCUACAAAGAGUGUGGAAGCAGACCAGGGCUGUACGCAAGAAUCACCCCGUACAUGGAUUGGAUCAUUCAUAACAUCGGAUCAUAUUUCAAAACGACAUUUAUAUUGGUAUUUUUAUUAUAGCUUUCUACAACAAU